UAAGGAAAGGCAGGAUGCACCGUUCUUUGCAGAAGGAAUCGACAGUUGUGUACUCGGCACUCACUUUGGCCAAGGGAGGACGCGGUGCGGAAGCCAUUAAAUUGCUUGAGACGUUGAAAACGCGUCCUAUUAGUGAUCCUGAGACCAUUAAUAUCAUUCAAGCAAUUUACGCUGAUCAGGGAAGAGCUGAUGAAUCUUUUGUUUUUUGGGACUCAUACUUGAAACAUAAUGGUCGCAAUGAAAAAGGGUUGAGUCUGUACUUUCAGGCUUGUAUUCGUACGAAAAACUUGGCACACCAGAGAAAGGCUGCCCUUGAACUGCAAAAACACUUUCCUUCAAGACAACACAGUCUUUGGCUGAUCUUUACCAUGUAUCUUAUUUGCAUGAAAUCGGAAAACCCAACGGAGGUGUCUCUUCUCAAGCAACUCAUGCUUCGUUCUGCCGAUAAAGUGUUUGGUGAGGGAGAAGAUACUGUUUUCGAGAAUGAAGAGCUUCAUUUAUACGUUGAUGUGCUUAAAGUUGCUGGAAAGGGUGAUGUUGCUUUAAAGCUGCUCUCUUCUGACCGUGCAUCCGAGUGUGUGAAAUCGGACGCAGAUCUCCUGUUAAAGAAAUUGAAUUUAAUGCGUGAGUUUGCCCAAUGGGACAGUCUGUUCACGACUGCCAAAUCUCUGUUUGAAUCUGGAAAUUUGGACUGGAAGGUUUGCUCGGCUCUCUUAGACUGUGCCAAAAACGACGAAAACGUCCGUUCUACAGUUUUAUCUCUGAUUAAGGAGAAGCUUUCUGCUUCUAAAGUGGAACGCAAUAUCUAUCUUCUGCACAUUGAGUUCACCAAACUUUUCGCUAAGGAUGAGUUAUUGGACAGCAUUUUCACUUACAUCAAAAAGCAAUACGUUAAACCGAUUGUUUUUGAUGAUGUGAAGGGAACGUUGAAGGAGCUUACGAGCGAACAGCGUCUUGGAUUCGUUUCUACACUUAGUAACAUUCUUGAAUUGGCUGCUGACAAGGAAAACACACUUUCAUACGUUUACAAAACGGUUCUUCUUUUAAAAUUCCGCUACUUUUUGGGCGAAAUUUCCUCUACGGAAGCACGCAAGCAGUUUAUUUCGGAUUGCUUAGAUGUGUACCAAAUAGGUUCGGACUUGAGUAAAGAUCUGCUUCCCACAGACUUUUCGUACGGCUAUGAGUCCAUUCUUCUGGCUGUUCAUACCUUGGUUGAUGAGUACACAGAGCAAAAGGCCGCUGGAAAUGCUUACUGCCAAUCCGUCCUUUUUGAUGCUAUUGUGCUUUUGGAAAAAGUUUUGGAAAAAUCUUAUCACAAUUAUCACUUCAAGCUUCUGCUUGUUCGACUUUAUCUUAUGUUCGACGGUGGUUUCCCAGCAGCCAUGUUCGUUUAUGAUACGAUGUCAAUCAAGCAGGUCCAGAACGAUACCCUUGCUCAUCAUUUGCUGACACGCGCAACUUCUCUUUACCCAAGUUAUAAUAUUCAAAGCAAGCUCAAUGACUGCAUGAAGUUGUAUUCUGCAAAUGAGCUCGAAACCCCAGAGAUGAUUUUCGAUGCUUAUCAACGGGGCGCCUACUCUCAGAUUGAGGAUUUCGUUGCCUUCCGUUCUCGCUUGGAUCAUAGUACCUGGAAGAGCUUAACCCUUCUUGAGCGUGCUCGCAUUCAUUACUUGUCCUCAAACAAGGCACCUAAAGAGUAUUUGCCAAGAUGCUCAAAUCCUAAAGAUAACCGAGACAUUCGUGUUAUGGUAUCUUUUACCGACGAAAACAAACCUACGAUAGACGAACUUCUGCGUAAUGCCCCUCAACCCGGAACUCCUUGGAUUCAUCUUUUCGUUGAUGGACAUACGUUGGUUCAAGAUCACAUCGUCCAAGGUGAUUACAACAAGGCUAAGUCAGCAGCAGAAGCUAUGCAAACGUUGUUGGACACUGCCGAUGCUAAAGCUCAACUUACACCUGAAGAGCUGAGACAUGUUAAGGUGUUGAUCCAACUGGGCAUGAUGGCUCCCUCAGUUAAGGCCGGUGAGAAUCUUAGCGAUAGUUUUAACGCUAUCCUUGAACAACUGAAGACGGAAACCUACACCCCUAAUACCCCCUAUGUAAUCUUUUCGAAAGAGCUCGAGACAAUGAAUGACCUCAUUACUUGUCUUAACAGUUUCACAUAUCAUUCCCCAAGCUCUGGAAAGAAGGCUUAUAACGCCAGCGUGCGUGCUUUGCGCGAUCAUAUCUUGGCAAAGAUUUCCUCAGUGAGCGGACUCAUCAAACAAAAGAAAAAGCAAACCCGCAAGCACUUGCUUGACAUCCUUUCUCAUUCAUUUUUGUCUUCUUCAAUUGCACAGGAAAAGCUUCCUUACAACAGGGACUAUGGAAGACAAAUUGUUGACAACGCUCUUAACUCAUCUCACCUCGUUGGUGAUGCUGUCGCGAAGGUUCAAAAGGUGGUUCAUUUUUAAUGUAUCCAAUUUGAAUUAAUAAAAUCUUCAUUAUCAUUUCUCAUAAACGGUCAUAAUAGCAAGUUCGUUUAGUGUUGGCCU